AUGGGCAUCCACAAAUACACUUCAGAUACGAAAGUGGAUGCAAGGAGAGCAAAACAGGGACUUCUUAUCAGAGGAGGAGAUGUAUUGGAACGAUUGUCAGCAAUAGAUUGUGUCACUUUAGACAAGACUGGAACUCUCACGGAAGGAAAACCUGCUGUUUCUGCUGUGGCAUCUUUGGUUCAUCAAGAAUCAGAAAUCUUGCGGAUUGCUGCUGCAGUGGAGAAAACGGCAUCACAUCCAAUUGCAAAGGCUGUUAUAAACAAAGCAGAAUCAUUGAAUUUGAAUAUCCCAAUCACUCAAGGACAAUUAGUUGAACCAGGUUUUGGAACCUUAGCAGAAGUAGAUGGGCUUUUGGUUGCAGUUGGCAAGUUGGAAUGGGUUCAUGAACGUUUCCAGCAAAGAACAAACCUGCCUGAUCUAAUGACCCUAGAGAAAACUGUGAUGUGUCAAUCAUCAGAAGGUAGUUCAUCGGCAAACCAUUCAAAAACAGUUGUUUAUGUAGGUCGGGAAGGAGAAGGGAUCAUUGGUGCUAUUGCCAUAUCUGAUAAUUUACGUCAGGACGCCAAAUCGACCAUAAAUAGGCUUCACCAGAGGGGAAUUAAAGCAGUCCUCCUAUCAGGAGACAGGGAAGAGGCAGUUGCAACUGUAGCAAAGACAGUUGGAAUACGAAGUGAACUGAUCAAUGCAUCCUUGACUCCACAGCAGAAAUCUGGCAUCAUCUCAACUUUUCGAGCUUCUGGCCAUCAUGUUGCAAUGGUUGGUGAUGGCAUUAAUGAUGCACCCUCUUUGGCUCUUGCUGAUGUCGGGAUUGCUUUGCAAGUUGAAGGACAGGAAAAUGCCGCAUCUAAUGCUGCAUCCAUCAUUCUUCUUGGAAAUAGGCUUUCGCAGGUGGUAGAUGCACUGGAUCUUGCACAAGCAACGAUGGCAAAAGUUCAUCAAAAUUUGUCAUGGGCAAUAGCAUAUAAUGUCGUUGCAAUACCCAUUGCAGCUGGAGUACUGCUUCCCCAUUUUGAUGUUGCCAUGACACCUUCGGUUUCAGGCGGGCUGAUGGCUUUGAGCUCAAUAUUUGUUGUCACCAACUCGCUGCUUCUGCAAGGAAGCUUAACUAUUCCCUAUAGAGUUCAGAUGAGGGCAGCAGCUGUAGUCAUGAAAGUCGAGGAACGGAACAGUGUCAUAGCCGCUGAACGAUGA